ACUCGGAAUGCUGUUAAAGGGGCAAUGCCCUCGAGAUCGCGGGGCCCACCGGGCGGAGAUGGGAAAACUGAGUUGCGGACGCGGAAGGGCGAGCAGGAUGCCAGUACGCUGGAGGGUGGCCAGCACCCGAGGAGCCGGGAAAUGUGGGGUCGAACCCCGCAGGGCACCCAGGCCCCGGACCCGCGCACGCCGCCGCCGUCGGAGGCGCGCAAAGGGGGCGGAACCUCCCUCCGGGCCCCACCCAGGAGGUGGUUCGGCGCAGGCCCCGCCCCCAGGCGCGCGCCGCUGACCGGCUCCGCCCUCAUCUCCAGUCACCGCCUCGCUCCUCCCCCGCGCCCGGCGUAUCGUUCUAGAAUUCGCCGCGCCGCUGCCUCAGUGGCAGUGAGAAGACUCAGUCCAGCCACCCAGCCCAGUCCAGUCAUGCAAAUACAGGAAGAUGGAGACAACCUUAUCCCCUUUGCCAAGUGUUCCAGGGUGGUCAGCCGAUCGCCACCCCCCAGCUUGCCUUCCCAGAGCCUCAGACUGACACCCCGGCAUUAUGGAAACACCUUCUGGGAGAACCUUAGUCAAAAGCCCAGGCCCACUUGGAUGGAGGAACCGUACACCCCACCCUUGCUGAGAGUCACUGGUUGCUCCCAGCUUGGCCUGUACCCCCCUGAGGGGCUCCCACCCCCGGAGAUGCUCUGCAGAAGAAAGAGAAGGAGGCAACAUUUGGCAGGAAUGCAGCAGGGAUCUGGGAGCAUCCCAGCCCGAGUGAGGGCUGUCACUUAUCACCUGGAGGAUCUAAGGAGGCGACAGAGAAUCAUCAAUGAACUGAAGAAAGCCCAGUGGGGCAGCUCUGGGGCUGCACCUGAGCCGCUGGGGCUGGAUGAAGACGGCUGUGGACAACCCAGCACCCGGCGACACCCUGAUCCGGAGGAGGAGAGGGCAAACUCCCCAAGGGAAGAGGACGACCUCCUCAGUCCUGGCAGGGCCCAGCUGCUUUGGUCUCCCUGGAGUCCCCUGGGCCAGGAGAGGUCUUGUCUCUCCAGGGGGCUGAGUUCUCUGGCCUCCUUCAGCACCGCCACAGCCAGUAGGGACCCCGUUUGCAGUCGCUGGGGGAUGGAGCUGUGGUCUGAGGAGUAAGGAGAAGCCGUCCACCCCAAGGUGCGGGCGUGCCUCGGGCCCAAGACGAGUUCUCGGCGCUGGAAUCUCCGGCAUUUCCGACGUCCAGGCCUUCCCCUUCUCCUUGGCCCCCCACCCUCCUCUCCCAUCCUCUGGACUAGGCGCAGACAGCCCCCUGGCUUCCAGCCCGCCCCGCCCCUCUCACAGGAGCUCCCCAGCGUCCCCCAAGCCGGCUCCCUGCCCCUGUGCGCUCUUCUCUGUUCUGUUACCAAAACCCAGCAAGUUGA